AAUCAAUUCAAAGAUCAACGAAUAUGAAAACGAUGUCAAAGAAUCUUUUCACUGGUCUUAUGACGCGGAAGGGCACGGCCACGGCCACGGUUCAUGCGAGAAAUUACAUCUUUCAGAAGAGUUUCAAGGCACGCCAAGUGCUGAUGGCCAAGGCUAAGACGAAUGGGGCACCAGAGCCAGAGACCUUAGAGGACCAGACCCCGAAUCAAACGCAGCCGGAGAGCGCUUGUCCGGAAAUGAAGACAACAGGAGCAACUGCUUUGCCCUUGGCUGAGAAUACACGCAAGACAGUUUCCCUUAAGGAAAGCUUUUCCGAUCAGAGAGAGAGGUGGAUGGCCAGGACCAAGGAGAGCCAGCGCAAGGCCAUGCUGGCAGCCAAAGAAAGUCCUUCCAAGGCUACAAGGAACAAAUGGUCGACUCCCGGCAAAUACGACUGGCAGCAGCAGCUGUAGGACCCCCACCCAGUGGGCGCAGUGGGAAGUCCAGACGACGACGACCGGUGGCUCAGGGGUCGGUGCCUGGAAAUAUCUGUUUGCCUUCAGGCCGACUUUCUCCACAUCCGCAAUACACUCGGAAACCAUCUUACAGGAAUGCACUUUAUUCGCUAUUCGGGAAAAGAAAACUCCUAUGAUUCGAAUUAAACUGUUUUCAAUUGAAAUCGCACCUUUAGAAAGAACACCAAGAGGCUCUGAUCCGUUCGGCACGGAGACACUGCAUCCCGUAAUUAAAUGAAGACGAAAUUUCGUUAAGUGGAACAAACAAUUUUGUAGGAAAAAAUAUAUAAUUUCCGCCUGAUUUUAGA